AUGAACCCCGCUCGUUCAAGCGGAGUCUCGAAUGCAGGUGAUCAAGCACCACCACCCCCUCCAGUCCACGAACACGCGGGCUCCACUCCGACGCCUCAGACUUUCGAGAGGCGUCAGGCAACAGAAAGUUCCAUUGACGUCGAACGCCAGUGCGGCGUCCCGCUGCCCGAGGGUCGUCGGUGUGGUGGCUCUCUGACGUGUAAGAGGCAUUCUAUGAGCUCGAAACGCGCGGUGGCGGGGAGGUCUGCGCCGUAUGAUCAGUUGCUUGUUACUUUCAUGGAAAGGAGGAGAGCUGAGAGGGCUUUGGAAGAGGCGGUUUGA